GACUGCCAUAAAACCGCAAAGUAGAAAACACGUUUUGAGCAUGUGCACGUACGCACGCUGCUUGAUCUGAACGCUGCAUUCGGGAGAAAAACAUAAGAAUCUUAAUUUUUGAUCGGGUUAAGGCUGUUUUCUGGGCAACAUGAGACCAGGUUUUCGUGGGGACAGAGGAGGAAGAGGAGGUGGGGGACGAGGACGAGGGGGUUUUGGUGAUCGUGGAGGACGUGGGGGGUUUGGUGAUCGUGGAGGACGUGGAGGAAGAGGUGGGGGGUUUCGGUCCCCUGAUGGUGGAGGAUUUAGAGGGAGAGGAGGCGGCCGAGGCACUCCUAGAGGAAGAGGAGGUAGGGGUGGUGGCAGGGGCUUUGGAGGAGGGAAGAAGGUCUUGAUUGAGCCACACAGACACGAAGGAGUGUUUAUCUGCCGAGGGAAGGAGGAUGCUCUGGUGACCAAGAAUAUGGUUGUAGGAGAGUCUGUCUAUGGGGAGAAGAGGAUGAGUGUGGAGGAAGGGGAGACGAAGAUUGAGUACAGAGCAUGGAAUCCUUUCCGCUCAAAGUUGGCUGCUGCCAUCUUGGGAGGAAUUGACCAGAUCCAUAUCAAACCUGGAGCCAAGGUCAUGUAUCUGGGCGCUGCCUCUGGUACCACUGUGUCUCACGUGUCUGACAUCGUAGGUCCGGAGGGACUCGUCUAUGCUGUGGAGUUUUCUCAUCGAUCGGGUCGUGACCUCCUCAACGUUGCAAAGAAACGAACAAACAUCAUUCCAAUUAUCGAAGACGCAAGGCAUCCCCACAAAUACAGGAUGCUGGUUGGGAUGGUGGAUGUCAUCUUUGCUGAUGUGGCCCAGCCUGACCAAACUAGGAUUGUUGCUCUGAACGCUCACAACUUCCUGAAGAAUGGAGGGCACUUUGUGAUCUCCAUAAAGGCAAACUGUAUAGACUCAACAGCUGCUCCAGAGGCAGUUUUUGCUGCUGAGGUGAAAAAGAUGAGCGCAGAGAACAUGAAACCACAGGAACAGCUGACCCUGGAGCCAUAUGAGAGGGACCAUGCUGUAGUGGUGGGCAUCUACAGACCUCCACCCAAACAGAAGUGAGAUCAUCGCUCCAGCCUCAUCUGUCCGGUCCCCUCGUCUCCAUCAGCCACAUCUGGUUCCCUUUUGUCUCCUUCGUCUGGAUUUAUUAAAAAUGAACUAACCACCCCCUGAACCGCUGCAGGUCCUCCAUCUCCGUAAGGCUGGAAGAACAUUGCGGAUGAGCAACAUCCUUGAAGUCAUCGACCAGACUAGCGUUGUGAUUUACCCUCUGUUUGACACGCCAUGCAUUUUAAGUUGUCUACGUUGACCCCAGCCUUCAGAGUUAUUAUGGGAUGUUUAAUAUCUCUAAACAGUUUGAAUUAAAUACUGAGGUUUUGGAUGGUUAAUCCAUCAUUCCUCUUAAUUUGGACUGAUUCACUCAAGUGACAAUUAUACAAAUAGUGGAAGGCCUGUAUUGUUUAUUUUUGGAGACAACGCCAAUGUUUUAAUAAAGUAUUUGAAGUUUUUGUACCUCGA